UACCGUUUACCGCGGCUUCCUCGUGCUUUUCCAGCAGUGUGCCGGGCCGCGUGCCCUUCGUCGCUUCCCCGCCCCGCUCUCCGCCGGUUCCGUCGCCAGCCUCCUCUCUCCUACCGACCACCGUCUCACUCAAUCUGUCUGUCUCUCUGUCUCUCUCUGCCUCUCUCUGUCUUUCUCGAGCAGCGCCUGAAAAAGCUUCCCAGUUCAUCUUUAUGGCGUUCGCCCCCUCAGUCGGUCAGUGGUACACUUCUUACUCGGGCGAAGCGGACGAAGACGACGCGAGGCUGCAAGCGUGAACCUCUACGAUCAUGACACACACUGAACCGUGGACGACGAUGGCGUCGCUGGGGACUAAAGUGGAUGAGCAAGUCGCCAAGGCACCGCACCAGAAUGGCGGCUGCAAGAACGAGAACCUGCCGCUCGACGACGUUCAGGACAACAAUAACGAGAGCAUCGAGGUUGAGAUGGUGGUGCCGCCAGACGGUGGAUGGGGUUGGGUGAUCGUCGCCGCCUCGUUCAUGUGCAACCUCUUCGUGGACGGUAUCAUCUUCAGCUUCGGCGUGUUCCUGAACGACAUCUCCGAGGCCUUCUCCGUGUCCAAGGCGAGGGUCGCGCUGGUCGGAUCGCUGCAGUCAGGAUUUUACCUUAUGGCUGGCCCCUUUGUCUCUGCCCUGGCGAAUAGGUACGGCUUCAGGCUGGUCGCGAUCCUGGGGAGCGUUAUAAGUUGCGGCGCCUUUGUCCUCUCGUACUUCAGCACAUCCAUCGAGUUCCUUUAUAUCUCUUACGGCGUCCUCGGAGGUAUCGGAGCGGGCUUGAUUUACGUGCCGGCUGUGAUAACUACCGGAUUUUAUUUUGAAAGAUGGAGAGCUAUGGCCACAGGGAUCGCGGUAUGCGGCUCCGGAAUCGGCGCGUUCUUGCUAGCGCCUAUCUCCGACGUGCUCGUCAAGCAAUUCGGAUGGAGAGGCGCUUUGCUUUUCCAAGCAGGUAUGCUGCUGAAUUGCUCGAUUUUCGGCGCCAUGUUCCGCCCGCUGAAGCCGACGAGGAUUAAGGUGAAGUCCACGCCGGAGAACGUCGGAUUAGAGGUGAAGAACGGCCUAAUGGCCAAAGGUAUGUCCACCACUUCGUUGCACUGCGUGCAACCGGGCAGGAGCGGCUUCUUCGGGACCAACAACAACACCGAGUACCCGACGGCCGCCGAGAUGCUUGGCAGCAACCACAACAUUGUCAACGCCUCGAAGUCGCUGCACUCGCUGCACAAGGUCCACGUGGAGAUGAGGACGCUGGAGAGGAAGCUGAGCAGCUCCGAGAAGAGACUCUCCGUGCCCAUAUAUCCGGACCUGGACGUGACCAUGGACGAGAAGAUCGCCGAGGAGGAGAACAAUCUUCUCGGCGGCGACGUGGAGAGACUGAACGGCAAAGUGCCCACGAUCCGCAGGCACACGAUUAGCGGGCGUCGGCUUCGCGCGGACUCGGACUGCAGCCAGAAAUCCCUGAAGGUGGGCAACAGGCGGACCACCCUCAGCAAGGACCCGCAGCGGCCGUUCUACAGGGACGACAUCUUUUACGGGGGCUCGUUGAACAGGCUGCCUCACUACAAGUCCCAGCAAUCCUCUGUCGGCUACCACAUGUCGGUCACGCGCCUGCCAACGGCCACCGACGUCGCCGAGGAGGAGAGCGGAAGCUGUUAUCUCUGCCCGGAGAGUGUCCGGCGCAUCCUCACGACCAUGCUCGAUCUGAGCCUCCUGAAGAGCCCGUCAUUCCUGAUCCUCGCUAUCUCCGGCGGACUCACUAUGAUGGGAUUCUACACGCCGUUCAUGUAUGUCCCAGAUCGUGCCAAAGUAGCAGGGAUCGACCCAUCCACGGCCAUGUUCCUCGUCUCGGUGAUUGGUAUUGGCAACACGAUCGGCCGUAUCGUCUGCGGCCUGGCAAGCAGUUUGCCCGGCGUUGACGCGCUGGUCGUUAACAACGUAUUCAUCAGCGCCGGCGGACUGCUCACUAUUUUGUCCGGGCUCUCGCUCACGCAGGGCUACCAAUUCUUCUAUGCCGCCACUUUCGGCCUCAGUAUAUCGGUGUUCGCCUCUCUGAGGUCGAUCCUGGUGGUGGAUCUCCUCGGCCUGGAGAAGCUGACCAACGCGUUCGGCUUGCUUCUUCUGUUCCAGGGGGUGGCGGCAGCUGUGGGCGCACCCCUCGCAGGCGUGUUCAUGGACGCCACCGGAAGCUACGACGCGGCGUUCUACCUGUCCGGCAGCCUGAUCUUCCUGUCGGCGGUGAUCUGCUACCCGCUGAAGAGGAUCAACGUGUGGGAGUCGAAGAAGGCCGGCCAGGAGUGCGAGGACCCGAGCAAGUCCUGAUCGACCGUCGGACCUCGGCGCCGCUGGGACGAAGCCUAGCGUCCCGUCCGCCGUCGGCCCGAUGCGUUUGUACAUACUAAUGCGUUGAUAAUUUAUAGCGGAGUCGACCGAGACGAUUGUUAAUCGGCGGCCACGUGCUCGCGCCGAAAAGAGGAAGGCGUCCUGCCGCGACACCGGCGACCCGGCGCGACCACGCGACGCCGGGCAACCCGAAUACCGUCCACAACGAGGAGGCGACACCGUUUUCCGACGUGGACGCCGUUAAGCCGCGCCCCCGCGCGAACCAACCGCGAUUUGUCGUUCGGUGGAUCGCGUAGAUCAGGGGUGUCCAACUUUCUAACUUUCCCGAGCGAGCUCGGGAGUAUAAAUCAACCCUUUGCACUCGAGAGAUUCUCACUUGAAGCAUCCGACACGUUCUAAUCAGACGUAGACGAGAUUGGAAUAAAUUUAACACUAGGUUUACGGGCAUUUGUUACAGUUUAUUCUAUUCCUUGGGAAGUUGAUAUUCGUUUAGAUUUUGGGAAUUGUAGAUGUAGAAAUCAAGAUUCAUAUUCGUGUAAUUGGAUCAACCGAUUGAAACAUUUACCUAAUAAUGUUUAUAAAAUUCAAUCUGCGUCGAAUUGACGUAAAUCUAGUGUUAAGGAAUCUCAUAUGAAUUAGGGAACUGAAGCUAUUUUCUUUCGAUAUUUCACGUAUCGAUGCAGAGUCGCCUUUCGAGUGCAAAGGGUUAAUUCGGCAGAACGUUGCGACGCGUACUUCCAAGGUGUAUUGGAAUAAUGGAAGCAGCGAGUUCAAUUCAAUUAAUCGGAAGUACAUUGAUAUGAUAUACUUACGGAAGAUGCAGUUGAAUUGGAGAAUCGUUUAUGGGGGUAUAAGCCAGCUCUGCUGCGAUUAUUGUCAGUAAUAUUUUACGGCCGCGCGUGGGCGUCAACGGUACACCGGAGUCUAAUUGGUACAACGCUGCUAAGGGGUUCAUAGAAUGUUUCACUCGUAUUUGUGAUAAUAAUGGGUCUUUCAGUCGCGAUCGAUUUUUGUCGGGCCCCGGGUUGGACAGGCCUGAUCUAGAUCGUAGCGUUGAUGGAAAGGUGUUUCCGAGGAAUGCGGGCCUGAUCGAGCGGAGUAGGGGAAAGACACUUUUUACGUUUUACUGUCGCUUUGCUUGGCAACAAUGGGCUGUUAUGGUUUUUUGGACGUCUGAUCGAUGUGAUACCGGUUCCGAGUCUUUGAGAAUUCUGCGAGUUGGAUGAAAUUGAUAGUGAUAUUAACACGAUUAAUUGUGAUGUUAGUAAUUCGUAGUUACUAAUGCUUACGUUUUGAAUUACUGAUACCGAUUAGUAACGAUUAAUAUUAUUAAUAGCACUGUAUCACUAUCUGAUUUCAUAGAAACUCUUCGACGGCUCGGAAAUUAUAAUUAAUCUACUAUUAUUCCGAGUAUCGACCCUAGACGCAGUGUUAAUACAAUUACAGUUAAUCGGUUAAUUUAAGACGCAGCGAAAGACUCGGGCGCCAACUUUCCAUCAACGCUACUGGGUCGGUGGAGAAUUAAUAAUCAAGUCAGCAGUAUUCGCGCCGCGGCGUCGUUGAAUCGGGAACGUUCCCACGGAUUAGCGGGAAUCGUAGAGAUGCUGUAUAUUUCUGUGUACAGUUGUAAAUAAAUCGUAGGGGUAAUGCUCGAUGCGCUUUCCCUCUACAGCGACGAAUAGACUGCGGAACCUUGUGCAUUUGUAGGAUGUAGAAAUUUUUCGAGGAUCAAGAGCAUCGAAUCGUCGGUGAUAUUUUACGGAACUUUAUUAUACGCGAGAUUUCUCUAGAUCACUUUUGAUAAAACGUACAUCCGCGCGGCCUAACCGGUCUACGGUUAAUAUAUUUUUGAUAAACAAUUAAUUAAAACUCGAAUCGCACAGUCGACCGACUGAAACUACGUUCGCAGAGUAAUCCAAUUAAACGUAAAUUCUUAUAGUUAGCUAGUUAAAAUUAUAUUCCCGAAGUUAUCUACUAAUUAGAAUGAUAUUCCUAGCAUGAGCUGAUUAGCGAAAUUGAUACAAACGAUGCGAGGCGAAGUAUACGUGCAAUAACGUAUCUCUCUGACCGCGCAUAUCCGGACGGAUGUUUAUUUUCCACCAACCUGAUUCUCGCGGGUUCGAGGAGUCGAGCCUCUCCGGCUUGACCGCCAUCUUGUCGCGCAGCGAGAAGCGGGGACGCGGCUUAACGGGAACGAAAAUCCGCGUUAGAACAGAGUUCCCGCGAAAUGUUAAUCGCCACGAAACCAGUUCCGAAACGCGUCACUUUUAUAUUCCGUGACGGCGCGCCGCGCGCUGUCACGCAUUCUUCUUCCCCUCCAUUCUUCUUUUUUUCUCCUUCGUUGUUUUUCUAUUAACGGACACGUUACUGCGAUAACGCCGCUUCAACGCGAACGCGGCGAAGUGCCUUGCGCUCGGUGAUUCACACGACGGCCGGAACGAAACAGUUCUGCCGUCUUUGUUCGAGGAACAGGUCUACCGGAAAGUUCCGUCGGUUUUCGAAUGAAACGGACGAGCGGAUAUCGAGUUCUUUAAAGACUAUUUAGUAACACUUCGAGUGGACUUUCAUUCAUGCGAUAAUGCGACUACCUAUGGAAAUACUCUGGUUCUGAAGCUACAAUCUUCGCGAUUUAUACAGACGAACACGUAGUUUUCUAAUAAUAGAAGAACAAAGUGUAGAACAAACGACCGUAAAUCCAGUGUUACUCACGGAACGAUACAAUUUCCAUCGUCGCUAAUGACCCCUUCGCAGCGCGAUGGCAAUUUGUGAAUUUCAUGUUUAUAGAAUCGUUCGUUUUUGGAAAAUCGAGAUGACAUUAUCGCACCGAACAUUCCGGUAGACCCGAUAGUUCCGCCGUUCGUAUUGGCACGACGAGGUCCGCGCCCGAACGAACGGUCCCUAUUGUUCGAGCCGGCCUCCGUUUGGAACUUAACCCUGAACGUUCGAGAGCGGAGACAGACAGUUACUUACAACGAUCGCGAUCUAUCGGUGUCGAUCUAUUUUUGCUAUAGUUUGUAUUCACACAGCCGAAAGCGGACUGCCAUACCUGCGAGCGCACACUCUUGUUUCAUUUCAUACGAGCUGGAUUCAACGAUACCGAUCGCGUGCGCGCGCGAAAGAAUCGACGCCCGUUUCAAUCGUAACUGUUAUCUUCCUCGUCACUUGACGCAUUCUCUUCUCGAUUAACGCGUCUAACCUUUUCGCUGCGCUAAUGGACGACAAGCUUGUCGUUAAUAGAAUUGUACAAGCUCGUGUUAAUGCAAAUUCAAUUGUUACGUGCUCCGAUGCAAAUGAUCGACUUCGAAGCGUAACAUUGUUCACGACACGCUGUAUCGUAAUCGAGUCCUUGCGCGUUCUUUCGCGCGGAAACACGCGACGCGUCCUCCUUUUGUAACAAUCUGUACUACGUUCGUUUUAGCGGUAGUCUCCGACAGGACAGAGAUACAGUCUGUCCACCGGUUGGUAGCCAACGGGAAGCCAAACUAGAUCCAAUAGAGAUCCUCGUGUUUUCGAAUUUCGAUUGUAAAGUGGAUCAGUGUGAAAAAUCGAAUAAAUGGAACCUGGUCAGCUGUCAAGUGGUGGACGGACUGCGGCCCAGAAGCGGCGCGCGUUGUCCGCGCUCCCGCUUCCGGAGUAUCUCGGCGAGAGUAGAUUUCUAUUAUAAAUAACCCCACGUCCGCGCGGCCGUACGUUAAAGGCGUAUGUACUUGCAUAAACGAGUACACGUAAUCUCGACAGACCGUGCAUCCGUUCCGGUGCAGCGCUGCUCGCAGCGUUUAAUCGACUACCGCCCGAUAUCCGGCCUCGCGACCCGGAUAUGCCGGCACUAACCCCCUCCCCCUCCCGCCCCGUAGCCCUAAGGACUUGCUCAAAAAUGAAAUCCGUUCCUACUGUUCCUAACGAAUUACUCUACCCUAGUAUUUUAUAGGCGAGCCAUCAUCCCGCCGCGCGCCAUCUUGUUUUCCUUGUUACGCUCCGUCUGCCGGGCAGCCGACGCUUCUUCGACGAAGAUCCUUCGAGCUGCUCGGAAUCCGCGGAGGAGGCGAAAUUAUACAUUGAAUGUUUCAGUACCGGAGGAAAAGAGAAUUGCGUAUCGAUCUUCCGUUACUGUGUAGCUAAAUUGUUCCUUUCGCGACUGCAUAUCUUGGACACGACGGCCCGACAGGAAGUUCACAGGCUUUUCGAUGACUCGUGAUUUUACAGAGGAAAGCGGCCUGAUCGGUUUCUUUGGACAAUGUUAAUUAGUUCGGUUAAGAAUAGA